CUCGCUGUGGGGUCCUUCGCUGAAACACCCUUCCAAGAUGGCAGCCAACAGCAGCAGCACGGGCAGCAAAUCCGGCAGUGGCGGCGGCGGAAAACAGUCCGGCCUGACCGCAGAACAGGUGGUGGGCACAUUUCAGAGGAUGCGGCAGGAGCAGCGUAGUAUGGCAUCCAAAGCGGCAGAGCUGGAGAUGGACAUCAAUGAACACACUUUAGUAAUAGAUACCCUAAAAGACGUCGACCCCUCUAGGAAAUGCUUUCGUCUUGUUGGAGGCGUUUUGGUUGAAAGAACAGUAAAAGAAGUUUUGCCGGCUUUGGAAAACAACAAAGAACAAAUUUCCAAAAUUAUUGAGUCCAUUAACGCACAGAUGCAGACAAAAGGUCGGGAGCUUACGGAGUACAGGGAGAAGUACAACAUUCGAUUGGUCGGUGAAGGAGAGGCGGAUUCACAAGGCCAAACGGCAGCAUCCAACCAGAACAGUGAAGGAGGAGGAUCAAAAAGUGGGACUGGUGUUUUAGUGUCUUAAUUUGUUAUAAAAGUUGACAUUAGCUAGAUCUAAAUUCUAUACUCAAACAUAGGGUUAAAGUUACUAAAUCCGAGUUUGUUUAUGCAUCUUUUCCACAAUCAUGUCAAGUCAUUUCUACUUUAGUAUUUAUGUCAUUUGUAAUAACAAUUAUGUUUCUUUGCUACUCCAUUUCUGUGAAACUGCCCUUUGUUGAAAAUCAUUGGCUGAAGGUUUAUUGUCUGCAUGUUGGAAUAAAUUCAUAGACCUCACAAAAUGUA